AUGGUGGACGUGUUGCACAGCUUGCUCACCCAACACGCACUGCCCCCUGUUGCUGCCGCUCCCAUGAGGAACGACAGCAUCCGGUUUGCCCGCGCCCGCUUCCGCACCCCCCACCUCCUCCCCUUCCCCUGCGCCUUCCCCUGGGGCAGUCCUGCUUCUGUGCCCGCCCCCCCUGGCCCUGUUUCUGCGGCCUGCUCCUCGUCAGUUGCUGCUGCGGUGCUGGGUGGGCCCCCUGGGUCCGCCCACUGCCAGGGGUCCUCCAGGCACAGUCGCAGGCGCAGGGACGUUUUGGUCUCGCGGGACUCCACACUGGCGAUGGCGUAUGUGCUGGGUAGUGCGCUGCCGGCCCAUGGCUGUUGUGGAAGAGGGAACGGAGGGGAUGACAAGGCAAGGAAGAGGGCGGAGGGAAGGGAGAGGUGGGAGAGCCCUCCCUCCCUCCCUGCUGGUGGAACCAUUGGAGCUACUGUGAAGGACCUGUGUGUAUUAACAUUCUCUGUUGAAGACAAUCACUUUGUGAUUGUUCUUGCCUUAUCCACUGCGGUGGUAAGGAUAUUUUGCAACAGAGGUGUUUUUCAUAUUGCAGUGGUUGCUGAACUGGAAGCUUGUGUGCAGAAGAUUGAUCUGAACAACAUGGAUGAGGAAAUGGCUGACAAGGAACCUGCUGAAAACUCCUCUGCUAAGGACCCUGCAGCUGCUGAAAAUUCCAAGGAACAGGAAAGGGAGUCUCAGGGGGAUGACAUUGAGCUGGAGGGCGAAGAGGAUAUUUUGCAUGCUGAAAUUGCUAAGCUGCAGGAUCACGCUGCUGAGCAGGAUACGCGCAUCCAGCAGCAGCAGUCUCUCAUCUCCACGCUCAGGGGGGAGCUCUCUGACCAGGACAACAAAAUCAAGUACCUGGAAGUUGAGCUCAAGAACAUGAAGCACGAUGCGCGGGAGCAAGGUCACCAGCUGGCGCGGCAGACCUCAAAGAUCAACGAUCUGCGCGAGGCUUUCAACGCCCUUCGGAGGGAGACCAUGUAUCGCCCUGCACCGCGAGCGGACCCGCCCGCCAACUCUGCUAGCGGUCGCACCAACCCUUCUCGCUCUGGUGGUGCAGUGGGUGACCCCGGUCCUUCUACGCAGCGCGCUGCUGAGCCGAGCACGCAGGCCUUUGGCUCUCUGCCAAUCACCCUGCCGCCAUUCAUCCAUGGCAAGACGGACGUGGCUGCGUGGCUGUCGAUGAUGACCGACCUGUUCAAGGCGCACAAGGUCCAAGACGACGCUCGCGUCGUCGCUGCCACCACCGUGCUGGACCAGAAUGCACAGCGAGUGGUGUAUGGCAGCAAGAUCCAGGCUGAGGCGGAUAGGAAGCCGUUUGGGGGGUUGCCUGAGCACCUCAAGAACAUGCAUAUGACGGAUGGGGCUGGGGAGGCAUGGCGGUCCUAUGAUCACGUGAAGCGCGUGGUGGGGACCACUGAUAAGCAUUUCCGUGCUUAUGCCAAAACCACUACCCAGCCGCAGCAGACUUCAAGGCCGUCGUCUAGCACUGCGGGUCCUAGCGGAAUGCAGCAAGGGACGCCUUGGAAGGGCGGGAACCACAAGAGGCCCUUCCAGCAGGGGCAGCAGGCUGACCAUAAGGCCAAGAAGGUCAACGAGGGUGGACCAAGCAAUGUCCAGAGCUGCUUCAAGUGCGGCAAGCCUGGACACAAGGGCUAUGAGUGCCGCCACCGCAAGGCGGUGAAGUACUCUGGCAAGGCUAAGACGGACAACAAGCGCAAUGACGGCAGUGGUCCCUCGGGCAGCCAGCGGGAUUUUGCAAAGCCCAACUAG